GAACAGUGCCAAUUAGAAAAAAAUCUGUAGCUAAUUUGGAGUAAUUUUUGCUAAAAAUUCAGUCAUGAAAGCAUAUAAACAUUUUAUUUUAGAGUAUUAAAAAAAAAAAUUCUGAUAAAAAUACAUUUGAUUCCCUUUGUCUAUGUUUAAGAGGAACAUAGACAAAAAGGAAAAAAAAAUUUACCUCCAAAAGACCGGAGUCGAAGUGGAUAAUUGAAUUGUAUCAAAAAGCGCUGAGUAAAAACACAAACAAAAUGUAUGGCUUAUUUACUAAAGCCAUGAAAUUUAGCAACCUUGGACGGGCACUAGGACCAUUGGCAAUAUUAAAAAACUGUAACAUUAUCCUUAUUCGUCAUUUCUCAAAGCAGGAAUCCAAGCUCGCAAAAUUAGCUGAAGUAGGACGAUUAGAGACCGCCAAACUCGAUGGAAAAUAUGAGACUGGUCAACUGUUUCUGCACCGCAUAUUUGGCUACCGUGGGGUUGUUCUCUUCCCAUGGACUGCGCGUGUAUACGAUAGGGAUCUCCAUAAUCCGAGUAAGCAAAAGCAAAGAGUAAAUACGGAUGGUGCCUCGGAUGCAGCCAGUGCGAACGAGAAAGGGAAAAGGAGUGCAGGUGGUGCGUCUACUACUACAACAGAAAAUCCGGCUACUGAACAGGGAAGCACAGAAGUACAAUCAACAGGGAAAGGUAUAAACACGAGCACAAUUUCUUCAGGUAGCUCGGAUACCGCUGCGAAAGAAGUCAAGGGCAAAGUGCAUACAUUCUACCAAGUGCUAAUUGAUUCUCGUGAUUGCCCAUACAUUCGCGCACAAACUGAAGCAGUGACUUUCUUAGGAAAUCAGGAUUCAAACCGCAGCCUAUACGCUAUACCUGGCUUAGAUUAUGUAGCACAUGAUGAUAUAAUGCCGUAUUCGACGGGGGAGAAACAUCCUCUACAACACGAACUUUUCGAUAAAUUUUUAACGCAUGUGGCAGGGAAAGAUCCACCUUUUGAAGGACAGGAUACUUUGAAAGCGUGGCAGGAGAAAAAUCAUCCUUGGUUGGAGCUAAGUGAUGUGCAUAAGGAAACAACGGAAAACAUACGCGUAACUGUGAUACCGUUUUAUAUGGGCUGUCGUGAAACACCUGCCUCCUCUGUUUACUGGUGGCGCUAUUGCAUACGUUUGGAAAAUUUAGGUGUACUUAGCGUACAGUUACGUGAACGACACUGGCGUAUUUUCUCACUGUCUGGCACAUUAGAGACUGUACGCGGCCGUGGCGUUGUCGGACAAGAACCAAUACUCAGUCCAAGAUUGCCUGCAUUUCAAUACAGCAGCCAUGUUAGCUUGCAAGCACCGAGUGGACACAUGUGGGGAACGUUCCGUUUAGAACGUGAGGACGGUCACACGUUCGAUUGCAAAAUACCUCCUUUUUCGCUAGAGAGUAAACCAGAAGAGCCAGGUACAGGACUCUCCUCGAGUACCGGAACAAAUAGUGGCGGCAGUGUUGGCGGUAAUAAACCCGACAAUGUCGAAUAAUACGAUAUGAAACAGGUAAGGAAAUGGGAUUGAUGCAAAGUACAGUGACUUAUCCUAAUUCGGGAUGGCAAAUAAAGAUGAAUAGUAAGAUUAAGUAGUUCGUCUAUUUAUCUAGUAAAUAAAAUAUAUUUCAACGGCAAAAUGUUUGUGUAUAGACAAUUCUAAAAUAAGGAUAUUCUGAGAAUAAAUUACCAUGUUCUGUUUGCUUAAA